GUUGAGGUUGUCAUCUUGUCGCCCUGUCUGCGAACCAUGGAGGAAGUGCUGGCAGAUGCGGCGGUCCUGGCGAACACCAUCAGUUUCUUGCCGCGACAAGACGCCAUGUCCAUGGUGUAUGUCAAUUCGAUGUGGACGAAGGCGUUGAUGCGGCCGGCAGUGUGGGAAGAGCUCGCGCAGACACCGAAAGGACCGAUCCUCGCAACGUGCUUUCGACGAGCCGCAUCGUACAUUUACACAGAAAUGGAUGUUCCAUCACCCAAUGUGAAUCGCCGCGGGUCGCCACCGACAAUUCGCGGAUGUUUGCUAAGCGAUCGGUCCACCAUCAAGGACUAUAUUGACGAGCUGAAGGGGAUGUAUUACGAGCAGAGGAGGAUGGAGAAGGCGCCGAGGCUGCUGCAACUGCCGGACGUGCUCGUGGACGACUCCAAGGCGAAGGGCGACCAGUCCAGCGAUACUGUGAAGAAUGCGUUUCACACGGUCAAGCUCAUCGACAGCGAAAUAGACGGCACGUCGGGGGCAUCUCAUGUACUCUCUGGAGGGAUAACCAUCGAUGGCGGGUUCUUCUAUUUGUGGCGACUGAAAGAUCUCGCGCUAUGCGGGACGAUUGCGCUGGCGUCGGCGGCAUGUUUUGACGUGUGCUCGACCGCGUUGGCCAUUGGGACUGUCGAUGGCACGGUGAAAGUGUGGGACUUCGCCACGUGGCUGUCGCGGAUGUCUGAAGCGUCGGCAUCUUCGCUGAACCCGCGCUUGAUGAUCAUUCCUCCCACAACAACGCUUGCGCUGCGUAGCCAUAUGAAUCUGACGUCGUUCCUGCGCACGCGGUCGAGUCAGACGCACCGGAUCACGCAGGUGAAAAUUGACGUGAGCGACGGCGCGUUUCUGCAGGCCGCCGCGACGACCGACAAGGGCGACGUCCACGUUUGGGACGCUACGAAAAGCGAAAUCGUCCUCUCUCUUGGUCCCGAACGCAUCCACACAUCGACGCUGCCGCGCAUGGCGCGGGAGUCGCGGCCGCAAGUGACAAGCCUCAUGUUGAUUCGCAACACAUUGGUGUGCGGGACGUCUGCUGGGUUCGUGCGGAUCUUCGACCUCCGCAACGGCAAGCUCACGCAUCGCCUCAGCGGCCAUCCCGAUGCGAUCCUAAAGACGGGUACAAAAGGCCGCGUGCUGUGGACCGCCGGUACAGACGGGUCGAUUCGGUGGUGGGGUGGCAAGUCCGCCAAAGUGUGCCCCAAGUCUGCGCUGUGUCGGGGCCGUGUCAGCGCCCUCGAGAUGGACGAGACGGCCGUCGUCGCCGGCUUUGAGGAUGGCGGUUUGCAGGCAUGGGAUGUGCGCACGCAGCAGCCGCUGUGCACGUUUGCGUCGUCGUCGAUCGGGGUGUCAAGUGUUCAGUUCGACAAGCGCAAGUUGAUCACCGUGUCCAAGGAUGGCAUCGCGUGUGUGUGGCGGUGGUACUCAAUGUAUCCGCACGGCGUGUUCCCGGCCAAAUUCAAGUAUACGUCCGUGUGCUUUGAUCAAAAGCACUUGGUGCUGGGGACGACGGCAGGUGUUGCCGCCGUGUACAAGAUGGAGGGCGCGCCCCACAAGAAACCCCUGAGCGUGUACGACUACUAACAAGAUGGGGUGAUUGAACAAGUGUUUGGAAG